GCAUAUCAUCCCUGCCUCUAUAUAUACAUGCAGUGAGAGGCUUAACAUAUCAUCAUAUCAUAAAACACAAUAUUAUUUCUUGCAUAAUUAGCUAUAGAGCAAUGUCAACCACAAUAACUAAUGUAACAUCAUCACGUACCAAACUCAAACAAACACCAAAAACCUUUGUAGCUACGGCCGCUAUGACUGAAUCACCAAUUACUAGUGCUGAUCAUGACACAAAAUCGGAGGUGGAGAAGUUGAGGGAGGCCGGGUUUUGGUUCAGAAAAUGGGACAUGUUUGAUUUGUCACACCUUUUGUUGCUCAUUGUAAAGCAUACCUUGGCUGUGUGCUCUCCUUUUGUGCUCACUUGGGGUGCUUUUUGGGUGACUGUCAUCUUGUCUUUCUUUUCUGGAAUGGGUAUUACUCUUUGUUACCAUAGGGUUCUUACUCACCGAAGCUUGAAGCUCCCGAAAUGGCUAGAGUAUUUCUUCGCUUAUUGCGGUCUCCAUGCAGGCCAGAGAGAUCCAAUAUUUUGGGUGAGUGUACACAAGUACCAUCACAAGUAUACCGAUACGGAAAGGGAUCCCCAUAGCCCACUUGAAGGUUUUUGGUUCAGUCAUAUCGGUUGGUUCCAUUACAACGAGUAUCUUGCUGUUAAGUUUGGAGAAUCAAAGAUUGCAGAAUACGCGAACGUUCCAGAGUUGAAGGCGCAAUGGUUCUAUAGGUUUCUUCAUGAUACAUAUGUUUUCCAAAUAGCUUUACUUGGAGCCAUAUUGUACAUGCUUGGAGGCUUUCCUUGGCUAGCUUGGGGAAUGGGCAUGCGAGCCGUGAUGGUUAACCACUUCACCUUUUUUGCGGCGUCUAUAUGUCAUAGAUGGGGUGAAAGGCCAUGGAACACCCUUGAUACCUCUACCAAUAACUGGUGGGUGGCAAUGCUAACUUUCGGAGAGGGAUGGCAUAACAAUCACCAUGCUUUUCCAUACUCGGCACGUCAUGGAAUGGAAUGGUGGCAAUUCGAUGCGACAUGGGAGUUGAUCAAGUUUCUAGAGAUGCUUGGACUGGCAAAAGAUGUGAAGUUGCCCUCUGAGGCUGAAAUUAAAAGACAAACCAAAUUGUGUGCCGAAAACCCCAAGCAAUCGAUGAUUUUCAACUAGCGUGUGUUUGUGUUUGUGUUUGUGAUUGUGAUUGUGUGUAGUACUAUUUGGUAUGUCGAUCAGACGACCUUUUUGGUCAGGUUGUGAGUUCAAGUCUUAUGGUAACCGCUAUAGUUAUAAGUAUUUUGCGGAUUGGUGUGUAAGAUGAUGAUGAUACUUUUAGAGUAUCAUGUGUACGUGUAAUAUAUUAGUAUUAUGUCUUAUAGUACAUCCUCUGGUAUGUAUGGAAUUAAGUGAUGAAUAAAGAGGU